CCCUGCCUCUCCGCUGCCCGGGGCCACGCCACUCCUCUCUGCCCGUCCUGCCGAUCCCGCACCGGCUCCCCAGCCAUGGACCCCCCCAGCUCUCUGCCCUACGCCCGCCUGGAGAUCCCCGACCUCGACUCCGUGCCCUCCUACAAGUACUGGUCCAUCUUCAACAUCCUCUGCUGCUGCCUCCCCCUGGGGCUGGUCGCUGUCUUCUACUCGGGACAGGUGGAGGAGUGCCUAGCACGCAGAGAUAUCGCAGGAGCGAAGACUGCCUCCGACACUGCAAGAGCCAUCAACAUCCUCGCCGUGGUGAUCGGGCUGGGAUGCAUUGGUGUGACCAUAUUCUUUAUGAUCCAGAGAGUUCAGCUGCUCCAAGCAGCACAACCCACCCAGUCUCCCUUAUACUACAAUUUAGGCUGAGGCCAUGGUGCUGCCCCCCAGGCUUGGGGAGAUGAAACCAGCACUGCAAAAAUCUGUCUUUGAAUUCUGCUCUGUUUGGGUUCUCGCUCUUCUUUAUUCUGCUGGUAGCCAGUAAACUUCCUCUGCAGCUGGUACUGCCAUAAGUGUGUUUGCAGGUCUUAUGCCCCCAAGAUCAUCAUCAAGCGGACACCUGCAGAUGCUGAAUUGGGACUCCCUCUCUCUGCCUUCACUGCAGCCACUUAAGUAUAAUUCUCCUGGCACUAACUCCUUUCUCACUAGGAUGGAAAGAAACCAAGAAAAGGGCACUGAAAUCUUUCCAGGCCACGCAGACAGACUUGCUACCCCAUGCCAAGGUUCUCUAAUAAAGCAUCACCUGGGAGCAGGGGCUGCACUGCAGGGGGGAAGCUUGCAGGGGCUAUCGCCCCCCCCCCCCCCCCGUAGCAGCU